AUGGAAGGAGAGAACCAUAACAGCAGCCGAAGACGAUGGAAAGAACCGAAAGAAAUGUCGUACUUUAACAAAGAAUUAACGGUAAAUUGGCAGGUCCAAGUGUUCCACCAGUCGGAGGUUUGUGAUAUGAGACUGCACCGAGACGAUAGAAGACACUUUAAAGCAAGACGACUAGACACAAACAAGGAGGAGGAGUCCAGAGCUGUGCCGGUGCUCUCUUCUUAAGGAUACGGCCCUCAUUGUGAUCCCGGCCUGUACCCGGCCUUAUACGCACGCCUGGCUUGCAUAAACGCUGACAUUUUCAGGAAAAGUGGGAUCAACUGGAAUGUGGAAGAAGGAUUCGGAUCAGUGGCCCCGACUUGA